ACAACUCGGUACUCGGUAUAUUUAUGUGUGAAAAACAAUAGCGAAAACAGACAUUCGGGCCAUUAAGGAUAUAGUAAACACAGCAUAAAUAUGUCCAAAUACAAAGACCUCGCCAAACUUACGACAACCUAUGCGCGUCGCAUGAACUACCUAUCGAACCGCAUCUUUGGAGAGGUAGCCCGCCCAACCAACUCACAGUCGAUGAAGGUGGUUAAAAUGUUCAGUGAGGAACCGAUUCAACAACGAGAUUACGUCGUCAACUGGUAUCCACGGCAUGUCGAAACACAUCUUCUGGCAAUGAAGCUGCGCGAGUACGGUCUAUUUCGCGAUGAACACCAAGAUUUUAAAGAAGAGAUGAAACGAUUACGAGCGCUACGCGGUAAAGCGCCACCUAAAAAGGGUGAAGGAAAACGAUCCAAAAAGUAGUAGAGUAGAAACGUGUAAGGUGGUUUGGUGUUUCUUCCCAGUGAGCGAGUUUCAAUAAACAGAACGUGGUGCGUAAAAUCAAGAAGACUGUGUGCUGUUCCUUCAUUUUAUUCAACAUUAUUAUUUCACUUACCGCCGUUCUUCACGUAAGAACAUGUGGCUAUUAAAACUACGCUUAUCGCUUUCUUCGAUAGCGUGAUAAUUCACCGGGAUGCGUUAAGACUAUAAACAACCGU